GAGGCGGUGAGAGGCCCGGGGCUUACCUCGGAGGAACGGGGUCGCGGCUCCGGCCGGCAGCGGGCCCCCUCCCGGUCCCCGGGCCCGGCAGCGCGGCGGCAGCUUGCUUGUGAGGAGGCGGGGAAGCGAGCGUCCGUCCGGCCCCCGCCAUGGAGGGCAUGGACGUGGACCUAGACCCGGAGCUGAUGCAGAAGUUUAGCUGCCUGGGCACCACCGACAAGGACGUGCUCAUCUCCGAGUUCCAGCGGCUGCUCGGUUUCCAGCUCAACCCGGCCGGCUGCGCCUUCUUCCUGGACAUGACCAACUGGAACUUACAAGCAGCAAUUGGCGCCUAUUAUGACUUUGAGAGCCCAAACAUCAGCGUACCCUCUAUGUCCUUCGUUGAAGAUGUCACCAUAGGAGAAGGAGAAUCAAUACCUCCUGAUACUCAGUUUAUUAAAACAUGGCGAAUCCAGAAUUCUGGGGCAGAAGCUUGGCCUCCAGGGGUCUGUCUUAAAUAUGUUGGGGGAGACCAAUUUGGACACGUGAACAUGGUGAUGGUGAGAUCGCUAGAACCCCAAGAGAUUGCAGAUGUCAGCGUCCAGAUGUGCAGCCCUAGCAGAGCAGGAAUGUAUCAGGGACAGUGGCGCAUGUGCACUGCUACAGGACUCUACUAUGGAGAUGUCAUCUGGGUGAUUCUCAGUGUGGAGGUGGGUGGACUUUUAGGAGUAACACAGCAGCUGUCAUCUUUUGAAACGGAGUUCAACACACAGCCACAUCGCAAGGUAGAAGGAAACUUCAACCCGUUUGCCUCUCCCCAAAAGAACCGACAAUCAGAUGAAAACAACCUAAAAGACCCUGGGGGUUCCGGGUUCGACUCGAUCAGCAAAAACACAUGGGCUCCUGCUCCUGACCAAACCGAGCAAGAUCAGAAUAGACUCUCACAGAACUCUGUAAAUCUGUCCCCCAGCAGUCACGCAAACAACUUAUCAGUAGUGACUUACAGUAAGGGGCUCCACGGGCCUUACCCCUUCGGCCAGUCUUAAACGGGUGUCAGCAAGAAGAAAAAUUAACAAAAGACAGAAGGCCCGACUUUGGGGGGGGAGGGCAAGGGUUCCUCUGGAUUAUAGGCCACAUCGCACGGAUCCCUGGCUCUGAUCCUCCCCCAUCCUGGAAGAAGAGGAAGAAGCAGAACAGACUAGUUUUGAGUAAACUCAGUAUGCAUGUGUGAAUGCUGGAUCGCAGGAGUGGUGUUGAGGCUACCAAGAAGAAAUCCAUGCAGCCACCUUGGGUUCUGUUUAUUAGGCGUCAAUCUAACGACUCAUUAGGUCACUCGGGAAGGGGAAAAUAAGCCAUCUUUUUAAACAAAAAUUAUUUUGCCUACAGAAAGGUUGUAGUUUUGAGCACAUGUUAAUUUUCCCCCUCUCUCCCCACUUUUACUUUUUUUUAAAUAAGGGAUAACAUACUCUCUGUAGAAUAGUGUUUGCUCUGGAAGCGAUUCCGGCUGCAGCUGGCGUGGCAUGUUUGGGGACUGUGUGGGUCAGUGCUGCAGAAGCACAUCACUAUGUCAUCUGACUCCAGAGUCUAACCCCAGUGUUUAUAGUGGCAUCAGCCAGUGAGUCAUCACCUUCCUCCUCUUUUCACUUUAAUCUUGUGUUGAUUUACACAUUUGACAGUUGUAUUUGUCAAUCCUUUGGCUUGUUAGCAUCAGAACCUUUCUGAAGAUCAAACUUCCCUGUGUGGCCAGCAGAGGAAGCCUUGGGGACGAUGCCGGUGAUGGAGUUUGAAGCCAGGAGGAGUCCUUGUGCGCACAUGUGUAACAAUUCAGGUUGCUUUCUUCCAUGUUUCUCUUGGCAGAAGGAAAUGCCAUCACAUUUAUGUUCUCUUGUGGCUCCCCAUUUGCUCUGGGAACAGUACCUCUGGGCUGGCUGGGUGGGUGUGCCACGUGCACACACGGAAGGGUAGCUCACCGGCAGGUGUGCAGCAGACAAGUGUGAGCAGGUCCCAUCCCAUGCUUAUCUGUUGUCACACAGCUCCCUUCUCUGUUCCCCUGCAGUUGUCCUUUGUGGUGUCCCCACCACCUAUUUGUGGAGGCUGAGCUCUUAAGAGAAGAAAAUAACAGCCCUGAAUGGGGAACUUGUUAUGGGAAAGGGCCACUGACUACUUGAUCUUGGAGACUAUAAUUUAGGUAGAAGUGGAAGGACCUCCCCUAGUACAAUGCUUGGUUUGGGGAUGUUAGUCAAGGGGCAGCUGAGCAGGAGCAGAGGCUGGCUGCUCACCGGGCUGAUUGCCCCACUGGACGCUGAGCAGGUUGAGCCGUGGUAUCUUCCAUGAGGAACUUGCACAGGCGAGAACAGCUGUCUGCCAAAGAUACAUGAAUAUGCAAAGUCUCUCUUCCCUUCUCAACCUUCCUUCCCUGGAGUUUUGGUUGGUUUGAGAGCCAGGGAUGUGGGUCUAGGGUGUGGUUGCAGGGUCCCCUGCCUGUUACCAUGCCCCCGCCUCCCCCCGGGGGUAUGAGCAAAGCAGGGAGACCAAGGGAUGAGUGGCUGCAAGGGGUCCUGUAGCCUGGGUGUGGGUGAUGGUCUGCCUGCCUGUCUGUCUCUGUCUGGGUGUGAGUUCCAAAAAAAAGUGUGGUGUUUGUUCCUCCUCAUCCUCUUCUGAGACUGUUUUUAAACACUUGAUUGUGAGAAAAAGCUUGUAUGAAAUUUCCCCCUCACCUCUUUUCUUCCCCCAAGCCCAAAGCUUUAGUUCACCAGAGCCACUGCCUGUUUAGAAGAGCAGUGCAGCUGGGGCUUCUCUGGAACACACACAGGUUCCCAUUCCCUAGCAGAGCUGAGGAAAGUCCAUGCUGGGGGUCCACCCCAUGGGGUGCAGGAUGGCUUUUAUCUGAGGGCCCUUGUGAACCCAGACUGCUGCUGCAAUAGGUGCCCGUCUCCUAGGACACUGCCACUUGAGUGCACACAUGCCCAGUUAUUCUUCCUACUCGUGUGCCCUCAAAGCAGCUUAUCUUCAGCUACCCUGGCAGCCCCAUCUGCUGCCCGCCCCCACACACAACAGGUGCCCUUCCCGUCUCCCAGCACAGGUUUUCUGCCUCAAUUCAGCAGAGCCUUCAUCAGCUACCACCAUCCUAGCCCUGCCUUCAUUCCUGCUUGUCUUCCUGUUGGUCGGCAACCUUUGCUUAGAAAGAGACAUUUCAGGCACUUUGGCUUCCUUUUCAAGAACAAGCCAUCUCUGUAUAGCCUUGCAGAAAUGAGCUCCUUACAGAGGGCCAGAGCAAGUCCAAGCCUGGUGCAUGGCUUCCCCAGGGCCAGAGGAGGGUGUCGGUGCCACUCAUUCUCCCUCCCCGCACUGGUGUGGCUUCUUAGAACUGCCUGGAGUUCCUCUUUAUUCCCUGCCUAUUAGGGUGGCAGGCAGGCAGUCACCUCUGCCCCUCUUAGAAUCUUCACACAUGGCAGGCUGCCUCUGACACCCGAGAAGCGAGGCCAGCUUAGGUGAUCUGUGAUUUGGGCUUGAGCCCAGUUGGGGAGGACUGUAGGUUUGGGAAGAACCUGUCUGUGUGCACGGAGUGAGGUGUGUGUGCGCGCGCGCGUGUGCGUGUGUGUGCGUGUGUGUUUGGAUGUGUAUGCACGUGUGCAUGCCUUUUUUUUCUUUUUGCCAUGGGGGCAGAUGAAUUUGGGGCAUUUUUCUAGAACAGCCUUCUCUCCCUGUAGUAAGGACUGGCUGUAACUCUAAGCCUAUUAGAGGCACUUCCAGCCUGGAGGGAACCUCAAACUGGUGGCCCAAGGGUAGCCAGAGGGGGGAAGUUGGCAUUAGGGUUAAAAACCCCCAAAUUCAGUCUGAGCCCCGAGAGGAGAGGGUGGAAGGGUUGCCAGGGCUCAGCAGUGUGAGCUGUCCUCCCCCAGCCUCGCUGUCCCUGGUGGCCUCUGGUGAAUGUGGGCGCAGCACUGGCUGCCCCUCCCGCCUGGCCUGGGUGGGUGUCUGGUGGGCCUCAUGGUGCCUAGGAGGAGAUGAAGAUGAGGAGGUUUUCCUUACUGUAUAAAUGAAUAUUUGUAUGAUUAAAUUAACACACACAAAAGCUUU